AUGUCAGUCCUAAGUCACCGAAAAUUUUCAUGUCACAUCACUUUCCUCUCUUUCCUCUCCCCCCAAUCUCCCCCUCACCGGCUUCCCCACCACCACUGCAACUUCGACAAACUCCACUCAUGGCGGCGCCUGCAGCGCAGGGGGCAACUCUCACACUCUGGGCCUAAUCCUGGCCAGGGUUGGCCUAAGGCCGUCUUGGCGCGUCUCCGAGGUCUGCGGCGGGUGAUGGAGGUCGUCAGCGCUGUUUGCCGCGUUGGGUACGAGACUGGUCGCGCCGACCCAGCCCUCCCGCUCUUGAGGUUUUCGAGGGGAACUCGGCAGCGGCUGGGUCUGCGUGCAGCUGACUCUAGUGCGCAAGACUCGAGGCUGGUGAGCCGAGUCCUCACAUGCUCGGCCUGGAACUUACUUGGUGGGGACGGACGGCCGUCUCCUCCGCUUCCUGCAAGUCCCGACCGAAACGAGCGAACGCUUCGGUCUGCGGCUGCCGGCCGGGGUUUUUCGAAACGAGUGGCGUUCGCCAGCGGAACGACCCGGUCGUCGUCCCGCAGCAUUCAGUUUCCUGCUGGUACCAGCGACGAUGCAGCUUCUGCGUCGUUGCCCACGCCGCGCCGCGUUCCCAGGCCCUCGAUCACAGGCGCGUGUCGAGCUGCACGCCUUGUGCACGCCCCAUCCCACCGGCUGCCCCGUUCUGGCCGGGAUCUUUCAGGAGAAGCCGCGCUUUUUGCACAACGCUCGCCCCCCGGUAUCCCUCGGCCGUCACCUACUCCGGGGCAUGCGACCCCCCGGGCCCCGGCCCCGUUGGCGGCGUGUUGA